UGUGAUGCUGCGGCUCCGUGGCCCCGCGGCCCCACGAUGCCCCGAAGCCCCGUGUCCAGCGAGGAGGAGCGCCGCAGCGUGAGCGAGUGCCCCGAGGGAGGCUCCGAGUCGGACAGCUCCCGGGACGGCCCGGGCAGGGGACCCAAGUGGGGCCUGGGGCUGGGCCAGCUGCAUUAGCCUGGCCUCCGCUCACGUCUUCCGGUAGGACGCCUCCAUGUGCCCGACGACGCCCACUUCAGUAUGAUGGUCUUCCGGAUUGGGAUCCCCGAUCUGCACCAGACCAAAUGUCUGCGAAUUCAACUGACGCCACCACCCAGCCGCCAAGCAGUAAGGUCUCUCAGGCGCUUGAGCGAGAGCCUCCAGGACGUGCUCAACUACGGGCUGUUCCAGCCGGCCUCCUCCGGCCGGGAUGCCAACUUCCUGGAGGAGGAGCGCCUGCUCCGAGAGUACCCCCAGUCCUUUGAGAAGGGCGUGCCCUACCUCGAGUUCCGAUACAAGACCCGGGUUUACAAGCAGACCAAUCUGGAUGAGAAGCAGCUAGCAAAACUCCAUACCAAGACCGGGCUGAAGAAGUUUCUGGAGUACGUACAGCUCGGCACAUCCGACAAGGUGGCGAGGCUGUUGGACAAGGGGCUGGACCCCAAUUAUCAUGACUCUGACUCAGGAGAGACGCCCCUGACGCUGGCGGCCCAGAUCGAGGGCUCGGUGGACGUGAUCCGCACGCUGUGCUUGGGCGGGGCCCACAUCGACUUCCGGGCCCGGGACGGGAUGACGGCGCUGCACAAGGCCGUGUGUGCCCGGCACUGCAUGGCGCUCACGGCUCUGCUGGACCUUGGGGGAUCCCCCAACUACAAGGACCGCCGGGGGCUCACUCCCUUGUUCCACACAGCCAUGGUGGGUGGAGACCCUCGAUGCUGUGAGCUGCUGCUCUACAACCGGGCCCAGCUGGGCAUUGCUGAUGAGAACGGCUGGCAGGAGAUCCACCAGGCCUGCCAGAGAGGGAACUCCCAACACCUGGAACACCUGCUGUUUUAUGGGGCCGAGCCAGGCGCCCAGAAUGCAUCGGGGAACACAGCCUUGCACAUCUGUGCCCUCUACAACAAGGAGACGUGUGCCCGAAUACUCCUCUAUCGGGGGGCCAACAAGGAGGUGAAGAACAACAACGGACAGACACCUUUCCAGGUGGCUGUCAUAGCCGGCAACUUUUGAAAUUGGGAG